UCCUCCAUACUGGAAGCAUGUUUCUUUUGUGGUUGGUGUUAUUUAGAAAAGUUACCCUAAAAUGCAGGCGAGGUCACAACACUCUAAACAGGAAGCUUCCCCACUGCUGCUGAUCUCAUUGAAUCGUAGCCAGAAUAACCCUCUUCACAAUAAACAGAGGAGCAACCUCUGGCAGUGUAAUCAGCAGGCUGCUACCGCUGCAUUAUAGCAGGAUCAGAUUGCAUUUUUCCCAUUGUAUCUCCCCCACUCCCAAGUCCUAUCUUCAACAAGAAUUGAUAGCGGAGAAGCAAGCUCAACACGCUUCAGGAAUUCGCCAAUUCUCUUUCAAAAACUGCGUACAGGAAUUUGGUUGAAAGAUGAAAGAAAUGAAGAGAGACUGUUCCUUAGUUACUACCUUACUCCUGUUGUUGGGCUGUAUCCCAUGGCAUGUGACUGCAGACUCAAAAAAUGGAGAAGAAGACCAGGACAUCCCAGGUGCUGCUUUACCACCACUGAAGCUAGGAAAUUCAAUCUGUGCUUUUAAGGCAGAUGGCGGUGCGUGUAAAGCAAUAUAUACAAGGUAUUACUUCAACAUUCAAACCCGCCAAUGUGAGAUGUUUGAAUACGGUGGAUGCCAUGGCAAUGAGAACAACUUCAUAACACUAGAAGAAUGCCAGGAGAUGUGCGUGGUUUCAGAAUUCCCGGUGAAGAAAACCCGUAGAAGAUUUGGAAAAGAAAAGCCCAACUUCUGUUUUAUGGAGCAAGACCCUGGAAUCUGUCGAGGCUAUUUUUCCAGAUAUUUCUAUAACAAGGAGUCACAGCAGUGUGAAAAGUUCAUGUAUGGUGGAUGCCUGGGAAAUCAGAACAACUUUAAGGCCUUGGAAGAAUGCCAGAUUGCCUGCCAGGACAAUUCAAAUUCACUGCAAUUAGCCCACUAUGAAGAACACCCCAUCAUGAUGAACAAUAGCUCUCCUGUUGCAAAGCCUGUGUUCUUAGAACCAGCUCCUCUCCCUUCUCUCUGCAUGACUCCUGCGGAUCGAGGCCUUUGCAAAGCCAAUGAGAAAAGAUUCUUCUAUGAUCACUCAACUAGAAGAUGCCAUCCAUUUAGCUACAGUGGGUGCGGUGGGAAUGAAAAUAAUUUCAACUCCAAAAACUCUUGUCUGAGGACCUGUAAGAAAGAUUUCAGUAAAAAACAAGGACGAAGAGGUUUAUUGAAAAUCAAGCGAAAAAGAAAGAAACAGCCAGUGAAGCUGACGGAAGAUGAAAUCAUCAUUGAAAGGAUAUAACUUCUGCUGUUUUAAAAGAGAAAUGUGAACUACUCCAUUAUCUUUCAUCUGUGAAUGAAAGCAUUAAUGACAGCAUUUUUAAACUCCUUACUGUACCAAUCAUUUGAUUAUACAUUAUUGGAUGGCUUAUCUAUUUUGUUUUGUAUUCCUCUUUCAUGUGUGCUAAGCAAUCAGUAUUUAAUUUUUCUCUGAUAAACUUAGUUAAAAAUGCAGUUUGGCAAUGUACACCCACCAAUAGAGCUGAAGUAGAACAAAACAGACUGUGGGUGUAUAUCUGAGCCACAAUGAUUCAAAGAUCAGGCAGGCUUCACCUAGUCUGUUUUAUUAUCUUGUUUGUCUCCCUCUAGAAACUUUCUUCUCAAAAGGACGUACAGUGCUUUUUAUAUAGGAGCAUGAAUAAUUCAUUCCUGAAUACAGAUAGAGGGCUAUUGCUAAAAAGAGAGACUGGGCCUAAUUCUGAUCUCAUUUAUUAUACAUUGUGUAAACGAGGUCUAAACUCUGCUGGAGUCCGUGGAGCCAGACUGCUGUAAAUAGGGUGUAGGAUCAGAGUUAGUCCCACUAAGACCACAAAGAGAAUAUUCAAGUCAUAAACAUGUGGAGAAAUGUCACUGUGGAUAUUCACAAAGCCCAAAGUAUAUCAGGGACACCGAUCUCUACAGUUGAAGUCACCAAGCCUCACCUUGUUGUGGCAAUGGAAACAUGGCUGGCAAGAUAAUAGUUCCCGGUAAAGCAUGUAUAUCUUUGUCUAUUUAAAGACAAAACAAAAAAUUGUAAGUAAGUUGGGCACUUUAAAGAUCUCAUGAUGUGUCCUGUCCCUUUGAAAAUAUAAUAGAUGCUGGAUAGGUUUUUGUUUGUUUGUUUGUUUUUUAAAAAGAGCAUUUAUCAUUUGGCAAUAAAGGCUUUGCAUAUAUAAAAAUGA